AUGCAUGCAAAAUGGGCGGCCGUUGCCGCUUUUUUCGCCCAAGCCCAAACAAGCGUUGGAGCUCUCGUAUCUUUGCCAGGUACAACGGCCACCAUUCCGUCAUGGCAUUUGCAGUCUUCCGCUAAAACGGGAACCAACCUUGAGGCCCUUUCACAAACUGGCGUGGACACCACCUCAUGGCAUCACGUCGACAACUCCAAAUGCACCCUUAUGGGCUGCCUGAUUGAAGCCGGGGUAUACGAUCAAGAAGAAUUGUUUUACUCGGAAAACCUGCGCACUGUCGAUGAGAAACAGUUCUCGGUUCCAUGGAUUUACCGCCAUGAGUUCCCACUCAAGCCUGAGCCUGGCCAGCACUUCUUUUUGCAGACCCACGGCAUAUCCUCCCGCGCUGACAUUUUUCUCAAUGGCAAAGAGGUCGCAUCCUCAUCGGAGCAAGUAGGCUCAUACGUAGGGAACAACUACGACAUCACCGGGGUCGUUCACUCCCACAACGCGCUUGCGAUCCAGGUGCACCCAACCGACUACUAUCACGACCUUGCCCUCGGGUGGGUCGACUGGAAUCCCUGGCCAGCAGACAACGGCACCGGUAUCUGGCGAGACGUUGAGAUUAAACAAACCGGAGCGGUUAUGCUUGAGCCGCUGCGGGUUGUCACACAAUUAGGCCCUACGCUUGGGGAUGAGCCAGCCAAUAUCACCCUCAAAACACAAGCCCACAAUCUCGAAAAUACCACCGUCACCAUCACAGCCGUGGCCCACAUCACCUCAGACUCCGGAGGACACUCCAUCACCAUCAGCAAAACCGUUACCCUCGCCCCCCUCUCCAACACGGAACUCGUCCUCUCCACAACCAUCCCCAACCCCAAAAUCUGGUGGCCGCGCCAAUGGGGCGCCCAACCCCUCUACACCGCCACCCUGACCACCACCCUCGCCCACACCACCCACCCCACCGACCACGCCACCACCACCUUCGGCCUGCGCACCGUCACCACCACCCUCAACGCCCACAACGACACCACCUUCCACAUCAACUUCCGCCCCUUCCAAGUCCUCGGCGCCGGCUACGCUCCCAACCUCUUCCUGCGCUUCUCCCCCGCUAAAUGGGAGUCCGAGCUGCACUACGCGCUCGACCUCGGCCUCAACACCAUCCGCCUCGAAGGCAAAGACGAGCACCCGGCGCUCUACGCCGCCGCCGACCGCGCCGGCAUCAUGCUGCUCGCCGGCUGGGAGUGCUGCGACAAGUGGGAGGCCUGGAGCUACAACCCCGACCUGGCCGUCAGUCCGGUGCCCGUGUGGGAUGCGGAGGACUACGCGGUGGCAAAGAGCGGCAUGCGCCAUGAGGGCGCCAUGAUGCAGGCGCAUCCGAGCGUGCUGGGGUUUGUGAUUGGGAGCGACUUUUGGCCGGAUGAGAGGGCUACGGAGGGGUAUUUGACCGCGUUGGAGGAGGUGGGUUGGCAGCUGCCUGUGUUGGGGUCCGCGUCGAAGAGGGGGUUUUCUCAGCAGACGGGUCCGAGUGGGCUGAAGAUGGCGGGGCCGUAUGAUUGGGUGCCGCCGGGGUAUUGGUGGGAUACGGAGCCGGCGGAGGAGCGGUUUGGGGCGGCGUUUGGGUUUGGGUCCGAGUUGGGGGCGGGUGUGGGCACGCCGGAGUUGGGGUCGCUGAGGAAGUUUCUGGGGGAGGCCGAGAUGGAGGAUUUGUGGAAGAGUCCGAAUAAGAGUUUGUAUCACAUGUCGAGGGAGACGUCGCAGUUUGAGACGAGGGAGAUUUACAACACGGGGCUGUGGAACCGGUGGGGGGCACCGAUGAGUCUGGACGACUAUCUUAUGAAGGCGCAGCUAAUGGAUUAUGAGGCUACGCGGGCACAGAUGGAGGCGUACACGGCCAUGUGGAGCGCCGACCACCCUGCCACCGGGCUGAUCUACUGGAUGCUCAACAACGCCUGGCCGAGCUUGCACUGGAACCUCUGGGACUACUACAUGCGGCCGGCGGGGAGCUAUUUUGGGGCCAAGGUGGGCUUGAGGAUGGAGAAUGCCGCGUUCGACUACGUCAAAAAAGCGGUCUGGCUGGUGAACCGGUCGUUGGACAAGCAUGGGGAAAGGAAGGUGGAAAUCGAGGUUCUGGACCUGAAGGGGAAGGUUGUGCACAAGGAUUCGGUGGUGAUGGCGACGACCCCUAAUACCAGCAAGAACAUCGUGUCUCUCGCAGAAGCGCUGGGGAACGUUACGGACGUGGUGUUUCUGCGGUUGGUCCUUCACGAUGGCCCCGCGAAGGGGAAUGUGCUCAGCCGGAACGUGUAUUGGGUUGCGAAAGAGCCAGACGUCUUGGACUGGGCGGGCUCGGACUGGUACUACACCCCUGUCAGCAACCACUCCGACUACACUGGGUUGGAUGAUCUCCAGCCGGCAGCGGUCCAUGCUCACGGGGUCCGGACCGGUCAUCAUGUAUACAUCACACUGGAGAACAAGUCCGACGUCCCGGCGUUUUUCGUGAGUCUGAACUUGGUGGAUAAGCACGGGGAUGAUGUGCUGCCGGUGACGUGGGAGGACAAUUAUGUCACGCUGUGGCCGGGAGAGAGUAUCACCCUAAAGGCGGAAAUUUCAGGCGCAAGCAACCAUGCGGGGGAAGUUGUGGUUGUGGGCAAAAACGUUGCCAGGACGAGCAUAAGAUUGCGAGCCCUGGUGGCACGGCUACCUCUGGUGGUCUUCGUGAUGCCCCCGCGCCGUGAUCCUGGUGUUGAUGCCCUUGCGCGCGCCGUUCCGCGCCGUGGUGCGCGCUGGGCCACAGCGGAAGCGCUGGGAGGCGUUAAGGAUGGUGCUCCAGCAGUACUGCUAGCUCUGCUGCCACCCCUGCCUCCUCUAGAGCCUUUACCCCUGACACGACGGCCUCGAGUACUUCCAGUGGCCACCACGAUGGUGCUUCGCUGGGAGGGGGUUGCUGAAGGCUCCCUAUCGUCGUUGUCGAAAUUCACACGCUCCUACUGUGAUGGUUCUCUUCGGAUCGAGGGCGCUAGGCCGGACUGGCGCUGCGUUGACUGCUGA